AUGGCCCUGAGAGCAGCAGGAAGUGUGUUGGGGGUUUUCCUGUUAUCUGUGGCAGGAGUACUGGGACAUUAUGGCUGGGAUGUGACUUUCACCAGGACAAGAAUAUGUGCGUUGAAGGGAUUAUCAGUAGAUGUUUCCUGCACUUACAGAUAUCCCAGUGGGCAUGAGAUCAUAGAAACAGAAUGGUAUAAAUGGUGGAACGUCACAGUGGGGUAUACUUAUAACAUCAUGGAACAACAAGCGUUUGCAGGUCGUGUUGAGUACCUUGGGAAUAAUCACAAUGACUGCACUCUGAAAAUCACAGACCUGAGAGAGAAUGACACAGCGGAGUAUUGCUUCGGAUUUAAAACCAACAUACACGGCUGGAUAUAUCAGAAAGAUGUAUUCAUUUCCGUGACAGACCUGAAGGUGACUACCUAUGUGACAAAGGGAUCAUGGGUGAUACUGAAUUGCAGCACCACCUGUACUCUGAGUGACAACCCCAAUCCUGACUACAUCUGGUACAAAAAUGGAAAGCCUCAACAUGAAUAUGUGUCACAAAAUUACAGUGUCUUGAGUUCUGAUGAAGACAGUUACUCCUGUGCUGUAAAAGGUUACGAGGACCACCGCUCUCCUGCAGUGUGUGCCGUGGGCCAGAAAUGUUGGAGAGUGAUUUACGCCAAAAAGAGUAUCUGUGCCUUGAAGGGGUCAUCAGUGGACAUAUUCUGCACUUACACAUAUCCCCAUGGUCAUAUACCCAAAGACACAUUCUGGUUUACUCAAGGAAAGUCUACAAAGGAGCCUACAGAUCUGAAGAAGGACCCAAACUAUUUGGAUCGUCUGGAGUACCAUGGAAAUGAGGACAGUGAUUGCACCCUGAGAAUCAAAGACCUUAAAGACAGUGACUCAGCUGAGUACAAAUUCAGAUUAGUAACUGCAGAAGGGAAAUAUAUCAGUUCACCCGGUGUAUACCUGACUGUCACAUAUGUCCUGUUGGAGAUUAACCCUAUGUAUGUCUCUGAGAGGGAAAUGUCCAAACUGACAUGUACAGCCAACUGUAGACUGGGUGACAACACAGCCUUCAUUUGGUAUAAGAACAGACAGGCUAUACCAAACAGCCACAACUACUCCAACAGCCUGCACCUGUGCCAAGUCAGCAGUGAGGAUGCAGGCAGCUACUCCUGUGCUGUAGAAGGCCAUGAGAAUCUCCACUCUCCUGAAGUGACUCUAACUGUCAGAUACAAACCAAAGAACAUCUCAGUGUCAAUCGGUCCCUCUGGUGAAAUAGUGGAGGGCAGUUCAGUUAUUCUGACCUGCCACAGUGAUGCCAACCCACCAGUUCAGAAAUACACCUGGUACAAGAGGACCAUUAACACAUCAAAAGAAUCCGGUCAGAUCUAUCGCAUCAUCAACAUCAGAUCGGAGGACAGUGGAGAAUAUUAUUGUGAGGCACAGAAUGAAAUGGGAGCUAAGAACUCCACAGUUAGAUUGAUCAUAGUAUCAGGAAAAAAAACAAGUAUUAACAUAGCUGUAGGAAUCACAGUGGUUGCUCUGGUUCUCAUUCUCCUAUUUAGCUUUCUGUGGUUCAGAAAGAGGGCUCCCAAAUCAACUGACACACGGGACACAGCAGAGGAUGGACAGGGAGGCUCUAGUCACCUGUAUGACACCAUCCUGAGGACAGCCCCAACUGCAGCACAGAAUGCGGACACAGAUGAGGACGUCAGGAUCUAUGCCAAUGUCCACCUCUCUCACUCCAGAAACCAUGAAGAACCUCUUUACUCCACUGUCCAACUGCCUAACCCUGAGAAACAGGACAAAGUCCAGUAUGCUUUAUUGAAAUUCAAUCGCCUAGGUGUUGCCCCCCAUCCUGCAGCACACGCAGCUGAAGAUCCAUCUGCAACCUAAAGCACAGUCAACAAACCCAGAACCUGAACACAAGAAUCAUCACCUCAAGCUGAACCUCGGCAAGACGGAGCUGCUCUUCCUCCCGGGGAAGG